AACGAAGUGACGCACAAAUAUGUAAUAAAAAUAUAAUUUACUUCCAAACCUUUCAUUUUGAAAAAUUACAUUUGAAUGUUAUUUCUUUAGUUUCUUCGUGUGUUAUACAUACACAUAAAAUAUUAUUAUGAUUGAACGUAAAAGAAAAAAAUAUAUUUUCAUUGUUAAAUAAUUGAGUAAUAUCAGAUAAUAUUCAUUAUUUUUUAUUUCAAAUAGAUUAUUUGAAAAAUUUAUUUUCUUCAGUUCUCUCUUCUAACAAAUCCAUGAUGUAUAUUUCAUCUGUGUUGGUACACCUGAUUUUAAAUUGACAAUGACAAAAUUUCAAGCUGCAGUUCAGUCAUUAUGUAUUGACGUAUGUUAUUCGAAUCAGAUUCGAAUGCAAAUUCUCGUUUGGCUGUAUUGAAUUUUUCAGAAUGUUUAUUAAACGUGAUAAAAGUUCUUAAGAUAAGAGAAGAUAGAAAUGUAUAACUUUUUUAAAUGCUUUAAAUAUCUUCUUUACGAAUGAUGAAUAACAGAAUUGCUUUGAUGCGAUGCAUCGAUUUAAAAUGUACGGGCAAUGAAACUUGAACUAAAACCAUCCGCAACCUUUUUGUGAAGACUUUUAUGAAAGUGGUUCAGUUUCCUAUAGUAGUUGAUGGCCAAGUCUCAUAAAUAGCAAUGGAUAUGUAAAACUGUUCAAACGGAGCAUGCAUUUCUGGAUUAACAAACCGGCGGGCAGGUAUUACGGUUUCACUGGCCGCCGAUACCCCGCCACACCUUUGCCAAAGACCCGCUUGAAUCAAUCUAGAUAUAAUGCAGAUUUGAGACAAAUGGUUACUCCACUUCACCGAUUUCAAAAUCUGAAUGCUGUGGGAAAUACAGCUGGUCCUAGUAAUAUGAAUACUUGCAGAAUGAUAAGAACAACGAUAAGACCAAACAAUGAGACACAACAUUUUCCAGUUGGCUCUACUCAACAUGUCCAGCUAAACAACAUCUCCAAUAAUGUAACAACUGCUGGGAAUAAUCAAUUGAUAUUAUCAAAUACUACAUCAAAUGGAACAAAUAGGAGCUUUUUGGAUUUUUCGGAAUUUAAUGAUGCAGAACUUGCAAGUUACAGAUUACGGUGUGGUGUUUGGAUAACGUUUGUGCUUGUAACAGGAUUUGUGGCUGCUGCAAAAUUUUAUUUCAGUAGUGGAGGUCAAGGUAUAGAAAUAUUCGUAUUUUGGGGUCUAUUAACAUUAUUAUUAUUUGCAUGCUUAUACUCUAUUUUAUGUUGUCGACAUCAUCACAAUAGUCAUGAAGAACAUCAAAUUCAAGAGGAGCGCAUUGCAUCUGUGACUGGUACAACUCCAAUACCUAAUGAAAAUAUUAGACCUAUUUCUGUAGUAAGACAGAAUCCACCACCACCCUAUCAUAUUGCUAUUUUGAUUCCCUCGAACAAUCUACCAGAAGAAGCUCCACCACCAUCUUAUGACAAAAUUAUGCGUUAGAUUAAUAUUAGUAUAUUAAUAUAAAGCUAUAUAAAAUACUAUCACUAUUUUUCAUAUACUACAUUUUCUAAACAUAAAACAUUGAUACACAAUAUUAUCAAAAGUGCAUCAUUAACUAUAAAUAUUUCAUUUCCAAGCUUUUGAUUUGUGCAAACAAAGAAAUGAGGAAAAUUUAAUGAAAAUAUUAACAAUUUUUCUAGGCUAGGAAAACUUUAUAUCUGUGAUACAAAAUAGUAAUGUAACAUCAAUGUCGCCCAUGGUAACAUUUGCAACUUAAAGAAACAUAAGAGGCACUGUUGUGGGCAUUAUAUACAAUGUCUGAUUGUGAGUCGGAAAGUACAACUGAUGUCCGCGAUACUUUAUGUUUAAUGCAGUACUAAUAUAUAUUUUCCUUUUUUAUACUCGAAUAAGUUUAUUUAAGCGAAAUACAAAUAUACAAAAUGAUUUGCUGUAGAAAAUGAGUAACGUUUCUUCACCUUUAAAGAAAUUUUUCAUUAUAAAAUAUAAACAUAUAAGAGAAACCGAUGUAUUACGAUAAAAUUGCAAUUCAUUUGGAUUAAUAUAUGUAUUUAUUUAUAAAGUGAAACUACUAUUUAUGCAAUAAAAUAAAAUUGAAACUUAAGUUAAUUUAUAGAAAAUAAGCACGGAGUCAUACUAGAGUCAUAUAAACUGUUCACUUUUCCAUAAUCUAUCAAGUUUGAAAUAAAUCUAAAAUCUUUUACUAUGAAUUAAAGUACAAUAACUCUAUUAUAUAAUAAUUUAAAAAAGCAUAGGUUAAGUAUAGUAUGUGUUUUAUAAUACUUAAUAUUACAUAAUUGUACAUAAUAUAGAUAAGUGUGUACAUACAUACACGCGUAAUGUUUUCAUGCUCCAAAAUUUUUGGCUAUGACACAAACUUAAUAUACAUAUAUAUGUAUAUGAUUUUAUAUAAUUUUUCUUUGUCAAUAUUGAAACUCUUUAUGCAAUAACUGUGCUUUAUAUUUGAAAUAAACUUAUAUAAUAUAUAUCAUCACAUAGAAUAUCAUAACUAAUAGUUACAACUAACAAUGACUUUCAAGCUAUGUUUCUGCAUAUUAAAAUGUAGCUUGAACCAAGGAAAGUAUUAUUCAAUUUUUUUGUUUUAUUACUUCUUCAAUUUAGUAUACCAAAUGUGUUAUAAAUUUCUAAAUACACUACACUUGUAUAGAGUUGUUAAAUAAUUAUUGAGUGUAGGUGCUUCUUUUUUAUGCAUAAUAUGGCUAAAUAUUUUAUUAUAUCAUUUUAUUACACAUUAAAAUAAAUAUAAUUUAAUCUUAAAGUACAACCAUGUAAUUGCACCAAUACAUAAAUGAUGUACAUGAGUAGAAAUAUAAAAAGCAUAAAAAAGCCUCUAAAUUUUAAAUUUCAAAUGUCACCUUUAUACUAUCUUUCUGGCUUCUUUAUAUAUAAUCAAAGCAAAAUAUUUUCAAGAAAAAUGAUAUCAUUAAUAAAUCAUUAUGUUCAAUACUUCAAGUUGAAGUAAAAGAUAAAAUUAUAUAUAUAUAAACAUAUAUAAAUAACAAUAUAUAAUACUUAAUAUAUAUAUAUAUAUAUGUAUAUACAUACUAUAUACGCAUUUACUAAAUAAAAUCAUAUUAAUUUUUUAAUCAACUACUUUAAUGUAAAUAUAAAAAAUGUCUUAUUAUAAAAAUUCUAUUUCAUUUCUAAAAUUUAACAAAUAAAUAUAUUUUAUAUUAUAAGAUUAGAGAAUUUUUAUAAUUUGAAACAUAAUUUAAAAUAUGAGAGAAAUAUAAGUAAAAAGGAACUUAUUAUCUUAUUUUGAAAUGCUCUAAAGCUAAGAAAUUGAGAUUAUUAAUGCAUUUACAAUGUAAAAAUAAAUUCAUUUGUUUUUACAUGCAAAAUAUAUGAUAUACUUGGUUUUGUACCAUCACAAAAUAAAAAUAUACCAGAUGGGAUAAGAUUUGUUAACUUCAAAUAACAUAUUAUGCAUUACAAAGCGUGAAUUAUCAAGUUGUCUUUCAAAAAUUUCGUGACUACUACACAGACAUACAAAACCAAUAUUUUACAUUAUUUAGAAUAAUUUCAUUUACUCUUAAUAAAUACAUUAUUACAUUAUCUUUAGUGAUGUCAAACAAGCAAUUGUAUAGUGCUUUUUUACUAAAAAUAUCAAGUUAAUGAAAUAAAAUAGUUUAGACUAAAAAUAGUUAAAAAAAAUAAGAAACUACGUUACUAAUUAAACAGAUGUCAUUUUGGUGUAAUAAUUUGUCAUUUACAUCUGUGAAGGCACUUACACAGUCGCAAAUAUUUACAUAUUUAUCGGUGAAAGUUGAGAAUUAUAAUACCAUCAUAGUUUCUCACAAUCAAUAUUUGUAAAAUCAGUUCUGUAACUCUGUGUAAUAGAAUUGUACGAAAGACUACACUUGUAAAAAUGUCAUUCGUUAUUUAAUAAAGUCGUAAAGUUCUUUAUCA